CCGCCUCUCCCGGCCCGGCGGAAUCACCCGUUCUUCACCGCACCCACCCCUCCCGCCAUGCACUGCCUCGCCCCGCACUUCCUCCUGCUCCUCCCACCUCCAGCCACCGCCGCCUCUCGCCACGCUCUCCCCCAAACCCCGCCGCCGCUCCUCCUUCCGUCCCGCCCAGCCCAAGGCCCCGCCGCCCCGCUCCAUCUCCCCUCCGCGCGCUCCCCGUCCCGCGCCGCCGCCCCGGUGUCCGACGACGACGAUGACGAGGAGGAGGAGGAGGAGGAGGAGGAGGAGGAGGAGGAGGAGGAGGAGGAUGACGACGAGAUAGAAACCCUCGACGCCGACGCGGAGUACGACGAGGACGAGGAGGAGCUGGUGGACGAGGAGAGCGGCGGCGAGGAUGAGGAUGAAGGGGAGGAGGCGGAGGAUUCGCGGGAGGAAACCGCGGCGCGGAGGCAGCAGUCGGAGGAGUACAAGUCGCAGCAGGUGGCUAAGCUGGUGGCCGAGGUGCGGGAGUUCGGCGAGGACAUCAUCGAUUACAAUGAGCUCGCCGGGAUCUACGACUUCCCCAUCGACAAGUUUCAGCGUCUGGCUAUACAAGCAUUUUUAAGAGGCUCAUCUGUGGUAGUUUCUGCACCUACAAGUAGUGGGAAGACACUAAUUGCAGAAGCUGCAGCUGUUGCGACAGUUGCUAGAGGAAGACGUCUCUUCUACACAACACCGUUGAAGGCCUUGUCAAACCAGAAGUUCCGUGAUUUCCGGAAUACCUUUGGUGACCAUAAUGUUGGUCUUCUUACAGGAGAUUCAGCUAUUAACAAAGAUGCCCAGAUCCUAAUAAUGACGACAGAGAUUCUGCGUAAUAUGCUGUAUCAAAGUGUUGGUAUGACAGCGUCCCAAGGUAGAUUGUUUGAAGUUGAUGUCAUUGUUUUGGAUGAAGUCCAUUACUUAAGUGAUAUUUCACGCGGCACUGUUUGGGAAGAAACAGUGAUAUAUUGUCCAAAGGAAGUCCAGCUUAUAUGCUUGUCUGCCACAGUUGCAAAUCCUGAUGAAUUAGCCGGCUGGAUAGGUCAGGCUUGCGGUAGCAUUAUAGGUAUCCAUGGGAAAACAGAGCUGGUGACAUCAAACAGACGUCCGGUUCCACUAACUUGGCACUUCUCGAAGAAAUUUGCACUUCUGCCACUUCUUGAUGGGAAAGGAAAGAAAAUGAAUAGGAAAUUGCGAAUGUCUCACUCCCAGAACAUAUCUUCUCCAAAAAGUGAAUUCUAUUAUGUGAAAGGAAAGAGGAAGCUAAGAACAAAUAAAAAUGAACAACAAGGUAACAGAAGCCCGUUGGAUAUAUCGAAACAGGUUCAGUUGUCCAAGCAUGAGGUCACCAACAUGCGCCGUUCCCAGGUUCCACUAAUACGUGACACUUUAUCACAGCUUUGGGAAAACGACAUGCUUCCAGCUAUUUGGUUUAUCUUUAGUAGAAGAGGAUGUGAUGCAGCUGUUGAAUAUCUUGAAGAUUGUAGACUUUUGCAUGAUUGUGAGGCUAGUGAGGUUGAACUGGAACUUCGGAGGUUCAGGAUGCAGUACCCUGAUGCUAUCCGGGAAAAUGCUGUGAAAGGACUCAUGCGAGGAGUUGCUGCCCAUCAUGCUGGUUGUCUGCCACUGUGGAAGUCCUUCAUUGAAGAAUUGUUUCAGCGUGGCCUUGUUAAAGUAGUCUUUGCAACAGAAACCCUUGCUGCUGGGAUCAACAUGCCUGCUAGGACGGCUGUGAUUUCUUCUCUCAGCAAAAGAAUUGAUGCUGGACGCCAGCUCUUAACCCCAAAUAACCUAUUCCAGAUGGCAGGUCGUGCUGGAAGGAGAGGGAUCGAUACAGUUGGGCAUUCUGUUCUUGUUCAGACUCCUAAUGAAGGACCAGAAGAAUGCUGUGAUGUUAUCUUUGCUGGACUAGAGCCACUGGUUUCACAAUUUACCGCAUCCUACGGGAUGGUUUUGAAUCUCCUUGCUGGUUCAAAAGUUACUCAUAACCAGAAAGAAUCGGGUGAUGUUAAGGCCAAACGUUCUGGAAGAACAUUAGAAGAAGCUCGAAAGUUAGUGGAGCAAAGCUUUGGGAAUUAUGUUGGAAGCAAUGUAAUGGUUGCUGCUAAAGAAGAACUUGAAAGAACACAGAAAGAGAUACAGUACCUCUCUUCAGAAAUUACGGAUGAAUUCAUUGACCGGAGAUGCAGGGAGGAAUUAUCAGAGGAAGACUAUGCUGAGAUUUCCCUUCUACAAAAGAAAUUUAAGGAAGAGAAGCAGAUAAGAAAUGAACUGAAAAAGAGAAUGGAACUAGAGAGAAUGGCUGCAUGGAAAACUCGAUUAGAAGAAUUUGAAAGUGGUCACCUUCCUUUCAUGUGCUUGCAAUACAAAGAUAAAGAUUCGGUUCACCACACAAUUCCUGCUGUUUUCAUUGGAAGCCUCAGCUCGUUUGAUGAUCAGAAGAUCGAGAGCAUGCUGGAAGAUGAUUCUAUUAGUCCAGGCAAGCAGGAAGUUGAUAGUGGGGGAGAGCUAUAUUACCCAUCCUACUAUGUUGCUCUGAGUUCAGACAAUUCAUGGUAUCUGUUCACAGAAAAAUGGAUAAAAACAGUUUACAGGACAGGUCUACCCGCUUUGCCAUCAGUGGAGGGUGGGACACUCCCUAGAGAAACCCUGAAGCAGCUCCUUUUGCGUGAAGAUAUGAUGUGGGAUCAAGUCGCAAAAUCAGAGUAUGGUUCUUUGUCGUGCAUGGAUGGAUCACUAGACACAUGGUCAUGGAGUCUUAAUGUUCCUGUGCUUAAUAGCCUCUCAGAAGAUAAUGAGGUAGAACGAUUCUCCCAGGAACAUCAAACUGCCGUAGAAUGUCACAAGCAACAGAGGAGGAAGGUUUCACAACUGAAGAAAACAAUCAGGAGUACUAAGGGGUUUAGAGAAUUUCAAAAGAUCAUUGACAGGAGAAACUUUACAAAAGAAAAGAUUGAGCGUUUGGAGGCUAGAUCUCGUCGUUUGACUCGACGCAUAAUGCAAAUUGAGCCAACCGGCUGGAAAGAAUUUUUGCAGAUUAGCAAAGUUAUACAAGAGGCUAGAGUGUUAGAUAUCAAUACCCAGGUAAUCUAUCCUUUGGGUGAGACAGCAGCAGCCAUACGAGGGGAAAAUGAGCUCUGGCUUGCUAUGGUUCUAAGGAACAAGGUCCUUUUGGAUCUUAAGCCAUCGCAACUGGCAGCAGUGUGUGGGAGUUUAGUGUCAGAAGGGAUCAAACUCCGUCCUUGGAAAAAUAGCAGUUAUGUGUAUGAACCGUCUUCAGUUGUUACUGGUGUUAUAAACUACUUAGAUGAGCAGAGAAAUUCACUGAUCGAGCUCCAAGAGAAACAUGGUGUAAAGAUACCUUGCGAAAUAGAUACCCAGUUUGCUGGAAUGGUUGAAGCCUGGGCAUCAGGGUUGACUUGGAGGGAGAUAAUGAUGGACUCUGCAAUGGAUGAUGGAGAUUUAGCCCGUCUGCUCAGACGGACAAUGGAUUUACUAGCUCAGAUUCCAAAAUUGCCAGACAUAGAUCCGGUUCUGCAAAAAAAUGCACAAAUUGCUUGCAACGUCAUGGACCGAGUGCCGCUGAGCGAGCUUGCUGGCUGAAACCUGGAAACUGUAAGCACUACAUUGGUCAUUUGUUGUAGGUAGGCAAUUCUUUGUUGUACAUUACCAGACAACUAAAUAUCCUUUUCUAUGGGAUCCUCAAUAUCCUUGUAUCAAAUUUAGUUGCUGGACGGAAUUAUAUCUACUGUUGCUGGCAUUUAUAUAAAAAA